ACGGGAAUCGUUGCAUGAGUAAACACACCGUGCAGCAUUGCUUUGUUUAUUAAGCAUGGUUAAUGUAAAAGCAGGAGAGCUGGCGUCUUUGUGAGUUCGGGGAAACGAGAGAAUAUAGAAAAUAAAUUGUAGGAUUUGUAAACAGGUAUGCAUGUGUCCAACAUGCCCGGCGUGUGUGUGUGCGCGCGCGUGUGUGUACCUACAAGGUAUGUAAUGUAACCAUGACAAUACACAUCAUACUCAACAGCCACGUUUUUCCCUCACGCACAUUUCCUCUUUUCUCGCAGCCCUCAAUUAGCCAUGCCUGGAAAGCCUCCAGCAGCCGCUCCAGGCUGGGAGUGGAGGGCGCAGUAAGAGGGGGACUUCUCCUGUAACCAGACCAACUCGCACCAUGUUGCAAACCCUCCACCAGACCGCCGGUGUCGGUUGUGGUAUGUCGGAGACCCUGGCCUGCCUGCGCUGGUCCGUUCUCCUUGGCCUCUCCGUGGCCCUGCUGUGGAUCCCCGGGGCGGCGGGCUCGGCUCUGAACUGCCACAAGACCUGCAUCUGCGCCUCCAACAUCGUGAGCUGCUCCAAGAUGAACCUGACGGCCGUGCCCACCGAGCUGCCGCCCUACACGGUGGUGCUGGACCUCAGCUACAACGAAAUCACCCGGCUCCGCGCCGAAUGGACCCACGACAAACUGGACAAGCUUCACAACCUCCUGCUCAGCCACAACGGCCUCCACUUCCUGUCCUCGGAGGCCUUCCUGAACGCGAAGCAGCUGCGCUACCUGGACCUGUCGUCCAACAAGCUGCGGCUGCUGGACGAGUACAUCUUCGAGCCGCUUGCCCAUCUGGAGGUCCUGCUGCUCUACAACAACCACAUCUCCCAGAUCGACCGGCUGGCCUUCACCGGGGUCAACAGCCUGCAGAAGCUCUACCUGAGCCAGAACCUAGUGUCCCGCUUCCCCCUGGAGCUGGUGGCCGACAAGUCUCGCCUGGAGAAGCUGAUCCUGCUGGACGUGUCGUCCAAUCGCAUCAAGGCCCUGCCCGUCGCGGAGCUCCAGGCGCUGCCGGCGUGGAUUAAAAACGGCCUCUACUUCCACAACAACCCUCUGGUGUGCGGGUGCGACCUGUACAGCCUCCUGGCCCACUGGUACAUCCGGAAGCUCAACUCGGCGCGGGACUUCAGGGACGACUACCAAUGCUACUUGCCGGCGCCGGCACCGGCGAAAACCCUAGUGGGCGUUUUCGAACUGAGCAGCGACUACAUGAACUGCAGCACCUUCAAGCAGACGGACGAAGAGGCGUUCCUGGAGCAGACGCUGACCCUGAGCUGCGACACCAAGCACAAGGACAUGUCCAAGACCUGGCUCAUGCCCGGGAACGUGGUGGUCUCGGCGGGCAUCAACCAGACGGCCCGGGUCCUGCCGGACGGACGGCUCCAGAUCAGUCCGGUGAGGUCGGAGGACUCGGGGAACUACACGUGUCUCGCCGUGAGCGAGGCCCACAACGAGACGCUGUACGUGGUGCUGAAGGUGCACAACUUCACCAUGAACGCCGGCGGGGACUCCCUGAACACGGCCUACACCACGCUGGUGGGCUGCCUGGCCAGCGCCGUGCUGGUGCUCAUCUACCUGUACCUGACGCCCUGCCGCUGCUUCUGCUGCCCCGACCGGGGCAAGAAGGGCGGCGACGACAGCAUCCACUCGUCCAUGAUCAGCGUCACUCCCACGCACGACGACCCCGCGCUGAAGGCGGAGCUGGACAGACACGUGGCCUUCAUAGACUCCAAGGACCUCCGGGGGCAGAAUGGCAAGCUCAACCCCAACGGGGACGAGGAGGAGCCGGACGAGGAGGCCGGCAUGCUGGGGAAGGGACGGAGGAGGAGGUCUGUCGCCGAGUCGAUAAGCUCCGUCUUCUCGGACACCCCCAUGGUGGUCUAGGAGAGGAGAUGGACACCGCAGCGGGUGGGGUGUCUGUAUCUGCUGUGUUUGCGAAGCGGAGAUGUA